GUCAACUAUAGUUUGUUCAUUAUUUUGAAUACUAGUCUAUUUUUCAUAUAUAACGAAGACGAAUGCUUAUUCUUCAUUGGAUAGAUGUGAUGAAGAAUUAAUUACUUUUGCUAAUUUUAGGCAACUCAAUGCUAUUUACCUGAUAGCUUUUUAUGAAUAGCUUUGCUAAAGCCGUUUGAGUUGUCCUGUGUUGAAAUGUGAAUUUAAACUGUUGAAACCGUACUCUUUUGUAGAAUGGAUUCACAGAUUAAACAUGCCAUUGUCGUGAAGAUCAUGGGCAGGACUGGCUCUCGAGGUCAAGUCACCCAAGUGAGAGUGAAAUUUAUUGAUGAUCAGAAUCGAUUCAUCAUGAGAAAUGUCAAGGGACCUGUCAGGGAGGGUGACGUACUCACCCUGCUCGAAUCUGAGAGGGAGGCAAGGAGGCUUCGUUGAUGUCUUUAUCUCUUAAUGAGUUUUUGGUAGUUUGACAUGAUAUUCUAAUGUAAGCUUUUUUCCAUGGUUUAUGCUUUUUUGGGAAUUCGUAGUAGACUUUGGUGUGACUGUGGGAUGUUGUUUUGUUUUCUUUUUCAAUUCACUUCUAUGCUUUUCUUUUAUGUUAAAAAAUCUGAGUUUGCGGCUUAUUCUCUUUCCGGUGCAAUUUGAAGAAUGCUUGGACUACCGUUUUGCUGCACUUGGUUUAUGGACCAAAGUCCAAUUCUAAAUAAAACAAUGUAUACAACCAUUUUAUUCA